GGGGGAGGGGGUGAGGGGCGGUCCUGGAGCAUCAGUCAGUCGUUCAGCAGAAAGCACGACGAGGAAACGGAAGUCGACCCUACUAGCGUGAGGAGGAGCCAUGGAUACGGAGAAGCCCACAAGCAGGAAACGGAAAGGAGAGCCGUUAGAAUCCACAGUCCGGCGACAAGCGAACGCCCGGGAACGAGAUCGUACACACAGUGUAAACUCGGCCUUCUUGAUGGUGAGGACUCUGAUCCCAACAGAGCCGCCCGACCGCAAGCUGUCAAAGAUAGAGACAUUGCGAUUAGCUACUAGCUACAUUGGACAUCUGAAAUGCCAGCUCAUGGCAGGGCGAGAAGAGCAACAGCCGUGCCUCAAAGUGAACACAGGGACAUGGCAAGCGGCUCGACUACCAGUUUGUACAUUUUGUCUGGCCUCACAGAAGAAACUGUGCUCCAGGCUGCCACCAGUACCAAACACCUUUAACUACUCGCUCUCUGCCCCGGCCUGCUACGGCAUGGGCAUGCCUUACAUGUGGGAGCCUGGCAACUCCCAGGGCUACGCCAUGCGGUCCGUAUCCGAUCUCAACAACCGGUAUCCUGGGGAGACCUACAGUGAAGAGGACAUCAGGCAGACCAGUCUACCAGACUUACCGUUCGGACCUCCAAAAUACUAUUAAGUCAAAGACAGCCAAUAAAUAUUAAAAAAUAUAGCUAAUUGUAAAUUAAAAAAUUAUUUUUACUUAUGUAAGCAGUUAAGGGUUUUUACCAAAUGAUUAAAGUAAGUUUUUGAUAAUGUGCUGUUUUUUAUGACCACGAAAUUUUCUAAUUUGUUUUAAAUCCUCAGCAAUAUGGUUUAAUAAAGUUCAAAUACAAAACU